GAAGGCCAAGGCGGCCCCGGCUCCGUUACCUCACGGCGCGGGGGUGGCCCCGAGAGGGCCUGGCUGACUGGCGGUGGGGGUUUGGCCGCCUCCCCCCCCUGCUCUCUUAAGGGUUUUCAUCACCCUCUCGGGGGUGAGGGGCUGGCUGGGCCGAGCCCGGUGCCGGCUGAAGGCCGCAGCGCUGCCGAGGGCCUCGCUGAGCCGCGAGCUCAGCCGCACUCCCGGCAGCCCUCGGCUCCCUGGCCCCGCUGAGGCCUCGUGGCGUCUCGUCCGGCUCUUCUGCAGAGGUUCUUCCAGGACGCGACCAUGAGUGACCAAAUCCAGUUCAUUGUUGAGAAGCUCAAUCAGGAGCCCUUCAGGAAGAACUACAAUUUAAUCACGUUUGACUCCUUAGAGUCGGUGCAGCUGUUGCAGCUGCUCAGUGAUGUGCUGGGGGAGAUUGACCCGAAGCAUGCUGUUGACGUUAGAGAGGAGCUGCCAGAGAAUACAGCUAAAAGAAUGUUGACUCUCCUUGGUGUCCUUAAAUACAAGCCUCCAGGAAGUGUAACAGAUCUGAGCGCAUUUCGCCAAGGGUUGGUUACAGGAAGCAAACCUGUAAUUCAUCCUGUCUUACAUUGGCUUCUUCAGAGAACCAAUGAGCUCAAGAAAAGGGCUUAUCUGGCACGCUUCUUAGUAAAACUAGACGUGCCAGUGGAGUUCCUACAGGAUGAUACCGUGGCUGACGUCAACAAGCAGUAUGAAGAACUGAUGGAAGCAUUUAAAAACCUACAUAAGGAAUGUGAGCAGCUCAAAACAUCUGGUUUAUCUACUGCAGAAAUAAGAAGGGAUAUAAGUGCAAUGGAAGAGGAGAAAGAUCAACUCAUCAAAAGAGUAGAGCGUCUUAAGAAGAGGGUGGAGACAGUACAAAAUCAUCAACGAAUGCUUGAAAUAGCAAGACAGCUUCGCUUAGAAAAAGAGAGAGAAGAAUCUUUGGCUCAACAGAAACAAGAACAAAAAAAUCAGUUAUUCCAUGCAGAGCAGAGACUGCAAAGAGCACAGCUCCAGCUGAAAGAGAUGCAUCAUGCAGUAGUGGAUUCAAAACCUGAAAGUUUAAUGAAGAAACUGGAAGAGGAGAUAAAUUUCAAUUCAUACCUUGCUACUGAAAAAAUACCUAGGGAGCUUGAAAGUAAGAAGAAAUCAGUAUAUUUCUUACAGAAGGCAAUUGCAGAGCCAGCUAUGGGUCAAUCAGAUCUCAAUGUACUUGAAAGCAAGAUAAAUGAAGUAAAUGUACAAAUAAAUCAGCUAAUUGAGAAAAGAAUGAUGAAGUAUGAGCCAGUUGAUAGUAAACUUUCCAUGUAUCGCCAACAGGCAUCUAUAAUUUCCCGGAAGAAGGAAGCCAAGGCAGAAGAACUUCAGGCUGCUAAAGAAGAGAUGUCUAGCACAGAAAAGCAGAUGAUACAGAAGACAAACCAGGCCCAUGAGUUAGAUGGCUCUGAAGUUCUGAAGGGGGAUGAGCUUAAACACUAUGUUAAUAAGCUCCGGAGCAAGAACACAGUAUAUAAAAAGAAGAGACUGGAAAUAGCAGAAAUUACAGCUGAAUAUGGCAUCCUCCAGAGGACAGAAGAACUCCUAAAACAGCGGCACGAGGCUAUUCAGCAGCAGUUGCAAGCUAUUGAAGACAAGAAAGGUAUUUCUGGAUAUAGUUACACUCAGGAGGAGCUGGAAAGAGUAUCUGCAGUGAAGAGUGAAGUGGAUGAAAUGAAAGGCCAAACACUAGACAGCAUGUCUGAAAUGGUAAAGAAGCUGAAUGCUAUGGUGGCAGAGAAGAAGUCAAGCCUAGCUCCUGUCAUCAAAGAACUGAGACAGCUGCGUCAAAAGUGCCAGGAAUUAACUCAAGAAUGUGAUGAAAAAAAAAUCCAGUAUGACAGUUGUGCAGCAGGGUUAGAGAGCAAUCGCUCCACACUGGAACAGGAAGUGAAGGGACUUCUCGAGGAGUGCACUCAAGAAGAAAGCAACUACCACUAUGUGAACUGCAUGAAAAAAAAUCUAGAAAUACAGCUGCAACGUGUUAAAGAAGAAAUGAAGAUAUAUGUCUCCCCAGAUCCACAGGAGAGACGAAAGGCAAUUCGAGAACAGUAUACACGAAUGAUCCUUGAACAAGAAAACCUUGGGAAGAAAUUACGAGAGAAGCAGAAGGUUGUAAGGGAAAGUCACGGGCCUAAUAUGAAGCAAAUUAAAAUGUGGCAGGAUUUUGAGCAGUUAAUGGAAUGUAAGAGAGAAUGUUUUCUAAAACAACAAAAUCAAACAGCCAUUGGUCAAGUCAUCCAGGAAGCAGGUAAAGACAGACUUGUACUAUGAACUCUUCCUUCUUUAUAUCACCAUCAAGUAAGAAGACUGUGGGUGUGCUUCUCAAAGGUAACCUCUUUGUUGCUUUCAUCAUUUCUAUAUAAAUUUGUUGUACAUUAUCUGUUUCUGAUGGAUAAAGUGCACUUAAACUAUGAAGUUGUUCGUCCAUUGUUUAAGUAACCACAAAACAUAGGUAGGAAGAUCUGUUAUGAGAUCUGUGCUGGGGUGAACCUCAUCAUAAAUCUUUGUUUUAGAAGGCUGGGAAUGGCAUGCAUCUGCAGAGAGAUCAAAGGAAAACAAACCCUUUUCCAGGGUCACAGAAAACUUACGUAAUUGCUCUGCUCCUUAUUCUGUAUCACUAUGGUUAUAUUUUUGCAAGGUCUGGUACUUGAUAUUGUAUAAUUGUGGACCUCCCGGCUUGGCCCUCUCCUUCCCCAUUGUCUUUAUUCAUGUAGUGUGACUGGCAAGAAUGGAGCCAUUUUCACUCUGAGCUGCACAGACCUUGCUUGCACACUCCUACUCAUACUUUCUUUGCACGGUUCAAUUAAACUGAUUGUGCUUCCAGGAGACAGUUCAUUGCACUAGCGUCAGGACUAGGUUCUGAGAACAAUUACUUGGAUUCUGAGCUCAUUCCAUUAUCUCUUGUUUUAACAAGUGGUUAUUUCUUGCAUAUAGAAACAUAUACCUUUUUCUAAUUUUUCUUAGCUGUCCAUGGGAAAGUGUUAACUGUGGUCCACUAAAACCUUUCCCUAUUGAAGAUAUAUUGCUGUUCUGCUUGUGCAGCAUGGUUGUGCCAGCCAAAGAGCGACGUACCAGGGGUGGAGGGUUAUUGGUGAAUGUAAAUAUGGCACAGCGGCUCCUGCGUAUGGUAGGGUAUGCAGAACAGAUAUGCAAGGCUCCCUUGUACUCAGGCUUUGACCUGUGGGCCACAGGCAACUGUCAUGGCCCUAAAAAUUGCAUCAUGAGACCCACAGCUAACCCAAGGUAAGAGGAAUGCAGAUGAGGCUUGAAACUGUCCCUCACGCUUCAUCAUUUCUGAUGAGCGCCUCUUAGUCACAAUCAAAAGACCAGAAGCAGAGAGAUAAGUCUGGGUGAUGAGAGCUCCUGCUGUUCUUCUGUAGUCUCUUGGUUUAUUGAUUUUUUUUUUAUUAUUAUUUUUCUUGCCUAAAUAAGAAUGGAUUUUUUCACUAAUAGUUUAUUUUUUCAGAUGUAAUUUGGACACAAGAAAUGAUUUAGCCUUCUCUGACACCUAAUUAAGAGAUCUGCUAUUUUCUCUGUCAAAGGAGGGUUUGGUAACUGUAUAGUUCCUAGUUUGUCUUUACAUUAAGUAUAUUUACUAACAGAACUUGAAUAAAAUUCAGUGACUAAAUUUUGACUGAAUGUUAUUUUCCAUAUUUCAUAGGUUUAAGAAGUAAUAGAAAGUAAAUUCUUACUGACAAGUUUCUGGCUGGGCCACAGGAGAAUGGUUUGAAAAGCUCAGGGUCAUUUAAUCACGUUUAUUUCAGAUGUCCCCAAAAGGUUCUGAAUCCCACUGUCCGCCUAAGGAGCACCAUGUCCAUAGAUACUCAGGACAUCCUCAUGCAAGCCCUCCCACACUGCCGAAUAGCUGAAGAUAGUUUUUCUCAACAGCUGCACAUUGAUCUUUCCCAGGACGAGGAGAAGCAGCACAUUAUCAGUGAGCAUGGAGGGAAGGAUGUUGUGUAGGACACUGGCAGUUAAGUGGGAAGAAGGUGCUGCAUUGCCACCAGCAGCCUCUUCCCUGGGCAUUUAGGUUACUCAAUGAUCAGAGCUGGAGGACUGCCUGCGAUUCAAAGGCACCAGGACAGGGAGAAAGGUCAUUUUGUAUACCUCAAAAUUUUAUAACAAAUCCCUAAAAACCCUAUUUGACUAGACCAUUUAUACAAAGAUUUAUUGCAGCGAUUAGUCUGCUGCCCAGGAAAAAGUAAUGCUUUUGAAAUUCAUAGCAAUGAUGUAGGGUAAGACUGAGUAUAACCGUUUCUGUUUUUCUGUUCAGUUACCCUAAAAAUAGUUCAUCUUUCUUCCUUGUAAAAACAGUUUAUUGCUGGUUACUCAAUGAUGACGUGAUUGUUGCUCUGAUCUGAUUAGCUCUCUGUCAUUUGUACAGCACCGAGAAAGGGCACAGAGAUUAUACACUACAGCAGCAGCAAAAUUACUUUCUGAGAUGAAGCAGAAAAUCAUAAUGACUGUUAUGAAAAGAAAACUGGAAAAACUCAAAAGCUAUUUUUAGCUUUUAUAUAAGUGGAUGUUUAAUAAAUGCACCUUAAUGGUUUCUGCUCA